GCGGGACUACAGCUCCCGGCGGGCCGCGCUGCGUGCUCCGCCCCGUGCCGCAGCGGCGGGCGGGACCCGCACCCUGACCUGUUCCCUGUGCCGGUGGCCGGGCCGCAGUGGAUGCCCCGGAGUGCGGCCAUAAUGCUGCGUCUGGCUGCUUUUGCAGUGCUGUUGCUGUACUUCAGAAUCAGUCUAGAGCUGUCCUGGGUCCAGGCCAUCCCUGCUCUCUUCAUCUUCUACCUGGGAUCUGGUGGAUGGGACUUCUUCCUCAUAUUCAUCAAGACAAUACGAAGGGACGUCACCACGGGGCUGGUUUUGUUAAAGGUGAAGUGGCAGGUAUGGAGGCAUGUGAGGGAGAAGAACACAAUUGCCAGCAUCUUCCAAAAGACAGCGAGCAAGUAUCCAGAGAAGACUGCACUGAUAUUCCAAGGCACGGGUGAGAACUGGACCUUCCGGCAGCUGGAUGAGUACUCCAACCAGGUGGCCAAUUUCUUCUUCAGCCAGGGCUUCCGCUCUGGUGAUGUGGUGGCUCUUUUCAUGGAGUCCCGCAAUCAGUAUGUGGGGCUGUGGCUUGGUUUGGCCAAGAUUGGAGUGGAGACUGCUCUUGUGAAUUCCCACCUGCGAAUGGAGGCUUUGCUUCACUGCAUCACCAUCUCCAACUCCAAGGCUGUGGUUUUUGGAGCAGAGAUGAUGGAAGCAAUGCAGGAAGUGCAGCCCUCCCUGGGGAAAUCUAUCCAUCUCUUCUGGUCUGGGGAGGAAAGCCCCAAAUCCACACUUCCUUGUGCAAAACACCUGGACCCCCUCUUGCAGAUGGCUCAGCGGCACCAGCCAGCGCCCCCUGAUAAGGGCUUUCUUGAUAAACUCUUCUACAUCUACACCUCUGGCACAACAGGGCUGCCCAAGGCUGCCAUUGUGGUGAACUGUCGGUACUUCCGCAUGGCCAGCCUGGUGUUUUACGGCUUUGGCAUGAGGCCCAGUGAUGUGCUCUACGACUGCCUCCCUCUGUACCACGCUGCAGGGAACAUCGUCGGGGUUGGGCAGUGCCUGCUGCGGGGCAUGACAGUUGUCAUCCGCAAGAAGUUCUCGGCCUCACAUUUUUGGGAGGACUGUGUGAAAUACAACUGCACGAUCGUGCAAUACAUCGGAGAGAUCUGCCGCUACCUGCUGAACCAGCCCUACCAAGAGGUGGAGCGGCAGCACCGGGUGCGCAUGGCGCUGGGCAACGGGCUGCGUGCCUCCAUCUGGCAGGAGUUCAUGGCCCGCUUUGGCAUUGCCCAGGUGGCCGAGUUCUAUGGGGCCACCGAGUGCAACUGCAGCCUGGGGAACUUUGAUAACAACGUUGGGUCAUGUGGUUUCAACAGCAGGAUCCUACCAGGUGUGUACCCCAUUGGCUUGGUGAAGGUGGAUGAAGACACCAUGGAGCUGAUCCGGGGGCCAGAUGGUGUCUGUAUCAGCUGCCAACCAGGGGAGCCAGGGCAGUUGGUGGGCCGCAUUGUCAAGAGCAACCCAUUGCAGCACUUUGAUGGCUACCUGAAUCAGUCAGCCACCAACAAGAAAAUUGCCAGGGAUGUGUUUACAAAAGGGGACAUAGCCUAUCUCACAGGGGAUGUCCUGGUGAUGGAUAAAUAUGGCUACAUGUACUUCCGGGACCGCACUGGUGACACAUUCCGCUGGAAGGGGGAGAAUGUCUCCACCACAGAAGUGGAAGGAACACUGAGCCGCAUCCUCAACCUGACAGAUGUGGUGGUUUAUGGGGUGGAGAUCCCAGGGAUUGAAGGGAAGGCAGGAAUGGCAGCGAUUGCUGACCCAGAGAACUCCUGUGACCUAGGAAGCUUUGCCAACGAGCUGCAGAAGGCCCUGCCCCUGUAUGCCCGUCCUGUCUUCUUGCGCUUCCUGCACGAAGUCUCCAAGACAAGCACCUAUAAGUUCCAGAAGGUGGAGCUGCGGAAGCAGGGCUUCGACCCUGCGCUGGUGAAGGACAGGUUGUACUUCCUGGACUCCAGGCAAGGCCACUACUUGCCGCUGGACCAGGCAGCGUUUAACAGGAUCCAGUCAGGACAGCAGAAGCUGUAGCUGGUGGGGCUGAAGCUCCCCACAUCCUCCUGGGGGAAGUGGUGCAAGGCAGGCACGAGGGAAGAAAAUGUUCAAGGAGCAAUACAAAGGCACAGUAGAGAUUUUAUUUUAUGAGUUUUGCAGAUAAUGGUUUGGAUGGAACACAAAGGGGACUGAGGGGAGGGGAUGGUUGUAUACCAAAGCAUAGACUCGUUAUGGCUUUAUUUUCUCUUUUGUACAGUGGUGAUGGGUCUGUGCCACAGAAGGGGCAGGGCCCUGGCCAGUUGAGUAGGAGUGAGGUGCCCCUGCCAUUCUACUUUGCUUUUCCUCUCUUUCCCUCCCUUUACCUGCCUGCAGCAACCAUUCCUUGCGGAGGCCAUGAAGGGACCAGCACCGGGCUCUUUACCCACUCCUCCACCAAGCAGCUAGCUCCUCCUUGGCACAGGGUCCCUGUUGGUAGAGGGAAACUGGGUGCCAGGUGCAACCACUGCUCCCUGCAUGGCCCCGCUGGUGGUGUUUCUGCUGUGAAUCAGGAGUGCAGGGUAGUACUGGGUUCAGGAGAGGGACAGGGAUGGGUUCCUGCUGUGCCUUGCUUUCUCCUGGGCUGACAUUUCUGUUUUUCACAAUCACACGCACAUUAUGUUUUAUAUAUAGUAGACAUGCUGACUGUUUUAAUUUCGAUCUUAAUUUAUUGUCUGUACUCUUGAAUGUGUCUUGGGUUUGUGCAGUAGGUGGACAGGUAGCCCAGACCUGUCCUCCCAUGGAGAGCCCUUUUCUCUUUCAAGGAGACAGAACGCUUAUCUGGGACUGAUUCUCCUCUUCCUGCCUGGGUGCAGCACUUCAUGUCCUUGGUCCGUGCUGAAGGACUCAAGCAAACCUCACUAUCUUGUGGACAUUUCUCUGGGUCUCUUACUUCCACCUUCUGUGGAUGCAGCCUUGUUUCAUGUAUCCUCUUCCUUGCAGAAAGCAAGUGGGAGGGUGGCAAUGAAGGGCCUGGUUUGCCUUUUGCUUAGACAUACUCAGCACUAUGUUGCAGCUCUCAGGGCUUUCCUGCUGUGAUAUCUGUGCCCUGAAAGAAGGCAGCUUGCCUAGAGGAGAGAAAAUUUUAUGGAGGGUGGUUUUGGUGAGAGUCUGAUUUCAUGGGCUCUGCAUCCUUUCCUGCAAGAGCCCUCCCUGUCUCCGCCACUGGAGAUGGUUCCCAAACUGAAAUGUCAAUGUUAAACAUCUGACUAUAUGAAUUCCCUGCAUUCUGUCUGAAGUGAAACAGCCUUGGCAGUGAUGUCUGAUCCCAGUCCUUGGAUGCCAUGCAGAAAAGUCUCUUCCAGAGAAAGCUCUAAGUUGUUUUUUGGGGUUGUUUGUUCGUUUGUUUCUGUUAUUUGGUUUUAUGCUCUUAGCAGGGUUACUCCUUACAAUGAUGUCUGUCUUUAUGAAGGCAGAGUGUGUCUGCUUUUCUAGCUAUGCUUCCACACCAUCAUACCUGCCUGCCCCAGUCUGUCUUGUCCUCACCAUUAAAUGAGUGUGAGCUAC